AUGCCCCUGUCGCGGCACACGGUGCGGAACGAGUUCGCGCUGGGCGGCCGCGACCUCUACCGCGCGGCCGACCAGCACGACCCGGAGGCCGUCCUCGAUGGCGUCGCCAUGGCCGGACUCGUCGGCGUCCUCCGCCAGCUCGGCGACCGCCGCCGAAACGGUAGGUUUUCGAAUCCUUUCUCCUUUUUGAGAAACGGUAGAUUUGCUGCACAGGUGUUCCACGGCCUGUAUGAUGAGGUGAUGAUCACGUCUGCGCGAGGGCACGGGCUCAUGCUCCGAGUGCAGCAGCUGGAGGCAGAGCUGCCACUGCUAGAGAAAGACUCCUGCCAGAGAGACUACCUGUAUGUUGCUUCUAACAGGGGUGUCGAUUGGCAUUCAAAUCCAAGGGUGGACCAUGGGGUUGUCACAAGAGGUGACACGCCCCGCUUCAUCAUGGACUCAAUCAAGCAGUGUCGCGGACCACCCAAACUCUUCAUGCUGGACAAGUAUGAUAUCGGCGGUGAGGGGGCGUGCUUGAAGAGAUACACCGACCCGUCAUUCUUCAAGACGGAUUCCGCAUGUUCUACCUUGCUGCAGGAAGGAAUUCAAAAUGAAAGAAGACCUCUGAAAGCCAUGGAGAUCAGGCCUAACCUUCAGAAUGCUGAGAUUUUCCGACCCCCAAAUGAAGCCGACAAUUUCUCCAAACUGGAGACAGAUUUAUCUGGUGAAGCUAUGGAUGAAGUUCCUACAUACCGCAGACGACUGAAGUACCGCCAAUUAAAUGGAUCUGUAUUUCAAAGCUUCAGACCACAUAUGCAGAAUCUGUAUGAAAAGCCUUCAUCAGAGGAUAAACUCGUGACAAGUGACCACUCAAAAGUGCAUAUAUCUAUGAAUGAUUCGCCUCAAUCAGACACUGAAGAGAGAGACAUCAUGUUAGACACGUCCGUCAACAUGGAAAGAGGCAAGGUCACUGUUCGCAAGAACAUAUCAAUUUCUGAAGAAGCACUGUCACGUUCUUCAGAUGCUCGAUUCGGAACACAGGGCCAUGGGCAAUGUACCUUCGAUCGGAUGGAUUCAGACAAUAGAUUCUCCAAUGCUCAAAACACCAUGGCAUCGAAGACUAGCAGCUUCGAGAAGAAAGACAAGUCAGAUGUUGCCUCAGCAAACAGAGAUAUGAGUAACAAGUAUGAAGAAGCCAUUGUCUCCACACAAGACACCAAACCAGUUGUUGGUGAACAUGAGAGGACCAGCUCAUUAGAGGAACUGCUUGACAAAGAAAAACCAGCUUCUUGGGAUCAUGAGAGGACUAGCUCCUUGGAGGAAUUGCUCACCGAAGAUUUAAAUGCUCCAGAAUCUGGAGUAAGAGAGCAAGCUGCUGAAGAACAGAGCUUGAAUGGCAGUGUCAACAGUGUUGUAUCAAAUGGCACACAAGAUAUUACUAAGACCAAGGAAGUCAAGGAGAAUUCCAACAUCGCAACUAUUUCCUUCAAGAAAAUAGCAAGCAAGAGGUCCAAGUAUGUCGGUAGCAUGGAGCUCAUUGCUUCAAAAGUUGGCAUUCUGCCGAGGAAACUCUCCAAGAAGCAUGACCCUUUCUCUGAUUCCCUCCGGUACAUGGCGAAGCAACUCCUUGAACUGAAGUAUGAUGGCACUCAAGAUAGAGACUUAUAUGACUUUGAAGCAAACUGUGUGGGAUGUGAUGUCAAGUACCAGGAAAUUUAUGACCCUCCUGUUGAAAUUAAGGAGAGUGAUGUGCACAAAAUUCCGUCAGAUUCACCUUAUGAUGAUGUGGAUUCAAGAAAAUGCCUGCAGGAAGAAGUAAACCAUGAGCUGGAGCAUGAUGUUCCACCUACUGACAGUCCACAUGAUUCAGUCCCUGAUGAAGGAAAUGUAUUUCAGGACUCCAACAUGGUCUACUUGGCAGGCAUCAUUACAUCUUGCAGUUCCCAAGAGGAAGAAGGAUGUGCAAGUACUGCACUUGAUGAGAAUUCAUCUACGGGAGUAAUCAUCCAUAUUUUGGAGCAUGCUCAAGAGAAGUUCGAGGAACAUCUUGACAAGGAAGUGAAUGAGGACAUUCAUACAGAAGUCAUUUCUGAAAAUGCAUCUGAUAAGUGUGAAGACUUGAAAGAAGUCGGCAUUUACAUGGAGCAGGUGAAUGUGGAAGAUAUUGAGGAAAGCAAUAAAUCUGAUGUAUAUGUAUUGGAUGAUGAAACUGCCGAGUAUAUAGAAGAGCAGUUAGUUUCAGAUGAUGAAGAUGAUACAGUGACAUGUAAGAUCUUGGACAGACCUGAAGCGGAGCAUAUUACAUUGUCAGAAACAUUCACGGAUAUUGAUCUACCUAAUGUGGUAACUGACUAUGAAAUUGUAGGGAAAAAUGGGCAAGUUCCACUGUGCAGCUCAACCACUGAGGCUAUAACUCCAGAACUAACUGUAAACACAGAGGAAAAGCAUGAGUUUCACCAAGCUGUGUAUCAGGAACCAUCUAAUUCAUUAAAUAGCAGUACUGAAGUUUUUGGAGAUCCACUAGCUCCUGACUCCAGAGAUGUUCCACCGUCAGUCAUCUCAAGCUUCGAUUGGAUGCUUAAUGGUGCAAUGCAGCAGUCAUUCAAUAUCCUUCCUUCUCAUCCAACUAAUGGAAAUGCACAAGAAAAUGGUUCUUCUGAAGAUGCGCCGCCACCGCUUCCACCUCUUCCACCAAUGCAGUGGCGAACAAACAAGCUACAGACAGGGUCAUCACCGUUAUCUGCAAAGACCGGAAGACCACCAAGGCCAAAACCUCCAGUAAAACAACAAGAAAGUGAAGCUGCUUGGGUUCUUCGGGAAAAGAGUCUGCACAAAGGCUUGAAUUUGCAGAAUGAAGUAGUGCAGGCAACUAUUUCUAGUGACCAUGAGAUAAAUCAAAUCCAUAACAUGGAUUGUCAAGAAAAUCAUCACCAGGAAGGAGAGGAGUAUGAUGGCCAGGAUUCUAAUCCAUUUCCCAAGUCAGAAGUCGAAUGCUUGUCAGAAGUUGCUUCAGUAAAAAGUGAAAAUCUGCACACAUUGCAGCUACGUGAGCUUAUAGUUGUUCCGGAAGAGGCGUGGUCAGUGUUUGGUAAUAUAAAAUCCAUACCAGAACAAGAAGGAAAACGCCAACUAAGCAAUGGACUUUCUGUUUGCAAUGGCUUGUGCACCUCUGAUUUGUCAGCACAAAAGACCAGCCAGAAGCCUGAAAUUUUUGCAGAUUAUAAGGAAAAGGAAUUUUCAGCUGCAGGUAGUGACAAAGUUGCAGAUUCAGAAGAAAACAGACCAAAUGGUGCUAUUAAACAGGAGGGUAUGCUGAAUCCUGACUUGCCAGCGCAACAGAAAAACGACGAACAUGAUUGUGAUGACAAGGCAAGGGAGUUUUCCUCUGCAUUAGAAGAGGAAUCGUCAAAAUCACCAACUCAUGCAGUCCCAAAACCACCUAGAUAUCCUCUACUUCUUGUUACUUCUCAUGACAGAAGCAUGCUAAGAAAGGCUCCAACUUUGGUUCAGCCUUCGAGUCAGCUUUCAGAUGAGAAGAACACACUUUUGGAACAGAUAAAGAACAAGUCUUUCAACUUGAAGCCUGUUAUUGCAAAGAGACCAAAUGUAAUGGGUGGUCCAAAAACGAACUUACAAGUGGUGGCCAUUCUAGAGAGAGCCCAUGCGAUUCGCCAGGCUGUUGCUGAUGACGAUGACGAGGAUAGCUGGAACCUUUGUGUCCCUGUUCUUGCAUGGAGCAAAAUAUGGAAUGGAGCAGGAUUCCAUGCCAAGACAGCUGAUUUGGACCAGAUUAAGCAGUUCAAGGGACUUCAUAUCCAUGAGAUAGUGGACAGACUCGAGGAGUUGAUAAUGGAGAAGAGGUACGUCAGAAAGAAGAUAGCACAGCAGUGGAAAGAAGGCAUACUACCAAGUGUUAUCAAGGAACUUAACCUGAUAAGCAAGAAUCUCAAAGUUGUCAAGGUUGCAGUAAGUGAUGAAGACUUUGCAGAGGUGACUAUUCUUGAUGACUGGAAUAACCAGAAGAGGUGCACAGUGGACUUGAAGAAUCACAAAUGCUCCUGCAGGGAAUGA